AUGAGCCAUCUUAUGGGAAUCCGACGGGCUCAUCCCGUAUUCAUCCCUCGAAUCAAGCCCAGUACUCCAUCUUCCAUUUCACCUAUUCAACUCAUACCCGCAAGAUACCAUACACAAGACGCUACCCAAAAGUCAUCAUGGACUCACCCAGUAUACACCCAAGAACAAAUCCAAUCCGUCCAAAUCGCACACAAAAACGCAACAAACCUCCCCGACAAACUCGCCCUAGGCACAGUCCGCUUCCUCCGCUGGGGCAUGGACUUCGUCACGGGCUACCGCUCAACAGCAGUAGCUAAUACCAUGACGGAGAAGAAGUGGAUAACACGGUUUAUCUUUCUUGAAAGUGUCGCCGGCGUACCGGGCAUGGUUGCCGGGAUGUUACGCCACUUGAAGAGCAUACGGAGGUUGAAGAGGGAUCAUGGGUGGAUAGAAACCCUCCUCGAAGAAGCCUACAACGAACGCAUGCACCUCCUCACCUUCCUAAAACUCAGCGAGCCAGGCCGCUCAAUGCGCCUUAUGGUCCUCGGCUCGCAAUGCGUCUUCUUCACCGGCUUCUCCAUAGCUUACCUCCUCUCCCCGCGCAUCUGCCACCGUUUCGUGGGGUACCUAGAAGAAGAAGCCGUCAUAACCUACACCAAAGCCAUAACAGAUCUAGACAACGGUCUCUUACCAAAAUGGGAAGAGACAAGGGUCCCCGAUAUGGCUGUCAAGUACUGGCAGAUGCCCGAGGGGAAGCGGGAUAUGCGGUCGUUGCUGCUCUAUGUGCGUGCGGACGAGGCGAAGCACCGCGAUGUUAAUCAUACCCUGGGCAGUCUAGACCAGGACCGCGACUGUAAUCCGUUCUCGGCCAAGUUUAGGGCGCAGGCGGGCAAGGCGAAGGAGGUUCUUGGGGAGAAUAUGCGGGGGUUUGAGUUGGGGAGGAAGGAGAGAGUCUGA